GUUAGAGGGGAUUACAUGUUAGACCAUGUGUUUUUUUCAGGUUUAAAACCCUGCUGAGCUUUGUAUUUUGUUCAAUAACGACAAGCAAAAUUGUACAGAGCCCUCUCUUCCAGCACGAGUCGUCGGCGCGUCCAAGAUGGCCGUCAACGUCCCCGGCACCGUGGUCAUGUCCUUGUUCUACCUGCUGGUCCUGGGCAUCGGCAUCUGGGCCUCCUUCAAGUCCCGCAGGGAGAAGAAGAAACAGGCCACCUCCUCCCUGGAGAUGACGUUGCUAGGCAACCGCCGCAUCAGCUUGCUGGUGGGAAUCUUCACCAUGACAGCCACGUGGGUGGGAGGCGGCUUCAUCGUGGGCCUGGCGGAGAUGGUGUACACGCCCUCCUUGGGCGCGACCUGGGCCGCCGCGAUGACGCUGGGCUACAGCGCUUCUUUCGUCCUGGGUGGCGUCAUGUUCGCCGGGCCGCUCCGUGAAAGACACUGCGUCACCAUGCUGGAUCCUUUCAUGCUCAAGUACGGCAAAGUUCUGACGGGCGCUUUGUCGGUGACCUCGCUCUUCCUCGACGUCUUCUGGGUUCCUUCCACCCUCAUCGGCCUGGGUGUGACCAUGAGCGUGGUUCUGGAUCUGUCCUUCAACGUGUGCAUCUGGAUCUCAGCGGGCGUGGCCAUCACCUACACGCUGCUGGGGGGUCUCUACUCUGUGGCCUACACCGAUGUCGUCCAGCUGCUCCUCAUCUUCUUCAGCCUGUGGGCGUGCGUUCCCUUCGCCCUGACCAAUCAGCACGUGAGCCACAUCGGCUCCACGCUGAUGAACAACACAAUCCAUCCUCCUUGGAUCGGUGACUGGAACAUCUACAACUUCUGGGUCCUUCUGGAUAACUUCUUCUUUAUAGCGCUGGGCAGUCUGGGAUAUCAGACCUUCCACCAGAGGACGUUGUCGGCGGCGUCGCCCGCGACGGCCAAGCGUCUGUGCUUCAUCGCCGCCGCCCUCAUCCUGGUCUUCGGCGUUCCUCCCAUCCUGCUGGGGGCGGUGGGGGCGUCCACAGACUGGAACGUGACGUCCUACGGGUCUCCGUCGCCGCUGGAGCGCGGCGAGGCGGCGCUGGUCCUGCCGUUGGUGCUGCAACACCUGACCCCGCCCUACAUGUCCAUCGUGGGCAUCGGCUGCGUGGCCGCCGCCGUCAUGUCGUCGGCCGACUCCGCCCUGCUUUCGUCGGCGUCCGUGUUCUCGUCCAACAUCUACAAGAACAUCCUGCGGCCGCAGGCGUCGGAGCGAGAGAUCCAGCACGUGAUCCGCCUGACGGUGGUGGUGGUGGGCGUGGCCGGCACGGCGCUCACCAGACUGAAGACCAGCGUGAUCCUGUUCUGGUUCCUGGGCGCCGAGUUGUCCUACAACGUCAUCUUCCCCCAGUUGUUCUGCGUCGUCUUCUUCGACGUCGCCAAUGGUUACGGCGCCGUGGCGGGCGGCGUGCUGGGCCUCCUGAUCCGGGUGCUGAGUGGCGAGCCCAUGAUAGGCCUGGCGCCCGUCAUCGUCUUCCCGGGGAGCGCUCUGGAGGACGGGGUCCACGUGCAGCGCUUCCCCGUCAAGACCUUCGCCAUGCUGUGCUCGCUCGCCGCCAUCUUGCUCUUCUCCUUCCUGGCGUCUCGGCUUUUCAACGGCGGACUACUUCCGGUCAGGUGGGACGUCUUCCACGUGACCGCUCGGACCCCGGCGCCGCCACAGCGCCCCCUGCGUGUGAACAGCAGUACCGAGGCCUCCGAGUCCAUGAUGAGCGCUGCGUGUUGAAGCAGCGGCCAGCAAGGGGCGCCAACAUUCACCAGAAGGAAACGAUUGCGUUCAAAAUCUACUUUAUUGACAACUUUCAUGCAACUUCCAUCAAGUCCUCCUCAAACUUUCUCCAACCCUCCCGAGACGUCUCAACUUUGCCUUUUUCAUAAAUCCAACACGUCAUCAUAUCAAUAUAUCAUAUUAAAUCACAUAUUAUAGAUCA